AGGUUCGAGAACGGAGAAAGAAAUCGGCGCGCGCUGGUGGGGUUGUUUAGAAAGCACUUAGGCGCUCUGCGUGAGAGGUAUCUGCAAGUAGCUUGAGCACCAUGUCUUCUGAAAUUCAGGUGAAGGAACUAGACAAGCGUGCCUCUGGUCAGGCAUUUGAGCUGAUUUUGAGCCCAACAAAUGCAGAAGCUAUGCCAGAGUUUCCCCUCUCCCCUCCUAAGAAGAAAGAUCUUUCUUUAGAGGAGAUUCAGAGGAAGUUGGUGGCUGCAGAAGAAAGGCGUAAGUCUCAUGAAGCAGAGGUACUGAAGCACUUGGCAGAGAAACGUGAGCAUGAGAAGGAGGUGCUCCAAAAGGCAGCGGAGGAGAAUAAUAACUUCAGUAAAAUGGCAGAGGAAAAACUAACCCUGAAAAUGGAGGCCAAUCAAGAAAACCGCUCUGCGCAAAUGGCAGCAAAAAUGGAACGCUUAAAAGAGAAGGACAAGAAAAUUGAAGAGGUCAGAAAAAAUAAAGAAACAAGAGAUGGCAGUGACCAGUAAAUUUUGAAGUCUGGGGAAUAAGGGGUUUUCUACAUAUCCAAAGAUUUUUUUUUUUUGGUUCAAUGGCCAGUAUUUUAUUUACAUUGGCAAUCUAGCUCAUUACUGCCUUUUAUUCCACAAGUGGUGAUAAAUGGGAGAUGGUUUCCACUUCUCUGUACUAGUUGCAGUGCUCUGCCGUAGAUGAUCCUUGUUGCAUCCUUUUUACCUGUAGUACCCAACUACAGCUGUAACUUCAUGUUUACCAGAAAGAAAUGGCAUGUGUCUGAUGUAUAAGGUGGUAUACACACUCUUGUCACAUAGUGCAAAUGUAAUUCUUUCUGUGUAAGUGUAAAAUGUUUUGUUGAUCCUAAUAAAAAAUCUGCACAGACUGGUCCAUUUAAUUAUA